AUGAAAACAGAAAUGACAAUGGCUUUUUGGUUGCUUUCACAACGACUAACACAAUCCUCAUGGUGGCCGGGUGCAUUGAGGUUGCUCAACAGAUCCAACAAAACCAUGCAAGUUCCGGUAGAGAAAUAUGUGGUGUUUGAUUGCAUCGUAUGUCUUUGUGAAAUGUCUCAGGAAGAUGAGUACAGACAGCUUCCAAACUGCAACCAUGGCAUCCAAUUUCAUGCUCAUUGUAUCGAUGCAUGGUUAAGAAAUCAUAGCAAUUGUCCAAUGUGCAGAAGCAGCGUCCCACUCCCAUUGUCUCGACGGCUAAAAGCAUAUGUUUUUCAACAUCUUCUUGAAGAUGUUAUCUCGUAUUGCAACUCUUCCUUAGAUAACGUAGCUAGCUCUAUUGUUAAUUGUUGA